GUGGUGAAGUGCCACCCUGCUUUCGAGUCCUGUCCCUGUCGGUGCUGCUGCUUCUCGCGGAGGGCCCUGCUCUGCUGCCCGGCACCGCUCCCUCACCGCCCGGGUAAAAAAUGGCAUUUCAGAAGGCAGUGAAAGGAACUGCUCUCAUUGGAGGAGGUGCCAUAGCAACAGUUUUUGGCCUCUCUCAAUUUUCUCAGUAUAGAAACAAACACGGUGCCUUGGUGCAGGUUCAAGCUGCAGAAGGUGCUCCAGUAAGGAAGGACCAUCUCCCCACGAGAGAGCAGCAGAUUCUGGCCCUGCAGACCAGCGGGGAAUUCGAUGUCCUCGUCAUCGGCGGGGGAGCCACGGGCUGUGGCUGUGCCCUGGACGCAGCCACCAGAGGACUAAAAACAGCCCUUCUAGAAAGAGAUGAUUUCUCAUCGGGGACCAGCAGCAGGAGCACUAAAUUGAUCCAUGGUGGAGUGAGGUAUCUCCAGAAGGCCAUCAUGAACUUGGAUUUCGAGCAGUACAGGAUGGUGAAGGAGGCACUGGAGGAGCGUGCACAUCUGCUGCAGAGCGCGCCCCACCUCUCGGCCCCGCUGCCCAUCAUGCUCCCCAUCUACAAGUGGUGGCAGUUGCCGUACUACUGGGUUGGGAUAAAGCUGUAUGACCUGGUGGCAGGCAGCCAGUGCCUGAAGAGCAGCUAUGUCCUCACCAAGUCCCGGGCCCUGGAGCUGUUCCCCAUGCUGCGCAGGGACAAGCUGGUCGGAGCCAUUGUCUACUAUGAUGGACAGCACAACGACGCCAGGAUGAACCUGGCCAUCGCCCUGACCGCCGCCCGCUACGGAGCCACCACCGCCAACUACGCCGAGGUGAGACACCUGCUCAAGAGCACCGACACGGCCAGCGGGCAGCCACGCGUCUGUGGGGUGCGCUGCAGGGAUGUCAUCACGGGGAAGGAGUUCGAUGUCAGAGCCAAGUGUGUUAUCAACGCCACGGGACCUUUCACAGACUCGGUCCGCAAAAUGGAUGAUCAGGAGGUGCCCAACAUCUGUCAGCCCAGUGCAGGCGUGCAUAUUGUGAUGCCUGGUUAUUACAGCCCUGACAACAUGGGGCUGCUGGACCCGGCCACCAGCGAUGGCAGGGUGAUCUUCUUCCUGCCCUGGGAGAAGAUGACGAUUGCAGGGACCACGGACAGCCCCACGGACGUCACCUCCCACCCCAUCCCCACGGAGGAGGACAUCAACUUCAUCCUGAGCGAAGUGCGCAACUACCUGGGCGCCGACGUGGAAGUGAGAAGAGGAGAUGUGCUGGCAGCCUGGAGUGGCAUCCGGCCCCUGGUCACCAACCCCGACUCCAAGGACACCCAGUCCAUCUCCCGGAACCACGUCGUGACCGUCAGCGACAGCGGCCUCAUCACCAUUGCAGGUGGGAAGUGGACAACGUACCGAGCCAUGGCGCGGGACACCAUCGACACAGCCAUCCGGGAGCACAGCCUGAAGGCAGGCUCCUGUGUCACCAUGGGGCUGCAGCUGGAGGGGGCUCAGGACUGGAGCCCCACGCUCUACAUCAGACUGGUGCAAGACUAUGGACUUGAGAGCGAGGUGGCUCAGCACCUGGCUUCCACCUACGGGGACAAGGCUUUUGAGGUGGCCAAAAUAGCCCAGGUGACGGGGAAGAGGUGGCCCAUCGUCGGGAAACGGCUGGUGUCGGAAUUCCCCUACAUUGAAGCUGAGGUGGUGUACGGGGUUAAGGAGUACGCCCGCACCGCCGUGGACAUCAUCUCCCGGCGCACCCGCCUGGCCUUCCUCAACGUGCAGGCUGCCCACGAGGCCCUGCCCAGGAUCGUGGACAUCAUGGGCAAGGAGCUCAACUGGUGUGAGCAGAAGAAGAAGGAAGAGCUUGAAACGGCUAAAACAUUUCUGUACUAUGAAAUGGGCUACAAAGUGAAAACAGAUCAGUUGACAGACAGGUCUGAGAUCUCUCUAGUGCCUUCAGACAUCGAGAGGUACAAGAAGCGCUUCCGCAUGUUUGACAAGGACAAGAAGGGCUUCAUCACCACCCUGGACGUGCAGCGUGUGCUGGAGAGCAUCAGCGUGCAGAUGGACGAGAACACCCUCCACGAGAUCCUCAACGAGGUGGAUCUCAACAAAAACGGGCAGGUGGAGCUCAACGAGUUCCUGCAGCUGAUGAGUGCCAUCCAGAAGGGCCGUGUGUCGGGGAGCAGGCUGGCCGUGCUGAUGAAGAGCGCCGAGGAGAACCUGCGGCGCCGCCAGGCCAUCCCGGUGGACCGCAGCGGAGGGGGGCUCUGAGCCCGGGCUGCCAGAACAUUCCAGGGCUCCUGAUCCCCCUGGCUGGCUCAGUGCAGCUCUCCCAAGAGACUUUGGUGCAUUUGUGGUUGUCGUGAAUGAUUCCCUCCCCGCUCCGGUGGCGCAGUCCCAGCGUGGCGCGGGGCUCGGGCACACGCUCCUGGCCCGGUUUGUGUUCAGAGCACACGGUGCUCAGAGGGAACCCUGCCCUUAAACACGCUGACUUCUGCAAACACAACAUCUCAAGCUGCUUCUGCCUCUUCAGCCAGGAGCAGGAGAGGGAAAGCUGUAGUGGAGACACCAUCCCAAAGGAGCAAACCCUGCACUUCCUGAGGUUGGGGUGGUGGAGACCUGUCCUGAGCCUUCCACGGGUGAUAGGCUUGCCCUGUUUGUCCAGUGGUGCCAGUAUGGGGCCACCCAGAAAUUCCAGCUGCAAAAAAACACCUGGAUUAAUCACCCGAGGUAAUUCUGUAGCUGAAAGCUGCAACAGCUUCCUUUCUUCCCUGUUAACACAAAUAAACUGCCUCUAAUAAAUGGCAUUGUCUACAGGUGGUGCUUUGUGCAGUGAAAUAAAGGCAAAAGGUGUUUUAUGCUAAAAAGUGUUUCACAUUUGGGGCAAACCCUGAUGCUCUGUAGGAUGGGGCAAGUUUUGGUAGCACAGCAGUCUUAAAUGUUAAUUAAAAAUGCUCAAACACAAUGAAAAAAACAAGGUGCGUGUCUUGCAUCCUACUAACUUUUCUAGAGAAAAUGGCUGGUUUUCAGCAGGUUAAAUGAAAAACCCAAACAUGGGGCCCUCACUGGAGCUGUGUCCAGCUGUACCUGCCUGUUGUCCUCCUGCUGCUGGGUUGGGCUGAGAUCAGCUGGGACAUUUCUUCCCCGUGUAGAACAAGGCAGGGAAACCUGGUUUACUGCUGGAUUUGGCAUCUGCUGGAUCCCCUGAGCAGAGCAAUUUCCACCUCAAACCAAGCUUCCCUUCCCAGGGGUCAGAAAUUCUGCUGAAGCAAAAUUUGAUGUGUUUAACUGAUAUCACCACACCCACUGAUGGAAAAUAACAGGGCAGGAGCAAACAGCAAGGAUUCCUUGGAUAUUUUAACAGGGAGAAUGGUUCCAGACACAAAGGGAGUGCUGGGAUGUAGCACCGUGAGUGCAGAUGCUGUGUUUGGCUGCAGAAACAGAACCCUUGAAAACAACAUCAAACAUUCAGGUGUUGAAGAGUAGUAGAUAAAAAAGAACUCACCUAAAAGGAUUCCUGAAAGGGUUCAGAUGGGUUUUGCAUGCUCAGUUGGAUUUUUGAUGCAGAUGUUGUUCAGGUUCUGGCUUUGAGCUUGGAGCAGGGGCUGAGGGACAGGAGUUGGCACAUCUGACAGCACAAGGGUGUUCUAAUGAGCAGAGGGGUUUGUUCCUGUGCUCCUGCAGGCUUUUCCUUUUGAGCUGUGUUCCAGAACGUUCAGGUGAAGGAUGGAGUGUUUGUGUUUCCAAGCCCACAGUAACAGAUUUCACAUGUCCUGCAGAAAGGAGGGAAAUGAAUGUGUAACACACAGUAAUUUUGGCUCAGUGAGCAAGGGAAGGGGUUCAGGAUCCUACUAUUAACAAAAGUUUAAGGGGAAAAUAAAAAAGCAAAAGUCAUGAGACAUUUUCUAGGCCACGUGAAGAAAAAAUAUUUCCAAUAUUGGACAAGUUUUUUGUAAAGAAAAAAUAUUUUCACUAUUGAACAGCUUUUGUACAGUUUAAAGAGAAAUUCUCCACUGCUCUCUAACUGGCAUUGUUCAAAUAAUAACCUGAAUUUAUGUGGGAAGCAGGGUUUCUGUGCUGUACCCCAAGUGUGCUCUUUGUUGUUUUGCUAACCCUGCACCUGGAAUGUGACUGUGGGGCUCUCCUGGCUGUGUGUGUCCCCAGCCAUGGAUCUCCUCUGUGUCCCCUCCUGCUCCCUGCACGGCACAGCCAGGCCUGCAGUGGCAGGGACAGCUGCAUGUGUCCCCCAGCAGCAGCUGAAUCUGCACAUGGAAAGCUCCAGGUGUUUCUUUACCCCCUCGUUCUGUCUGCAGGAGGGUUGGCUUUGCUGCCUGGGGUUUUUAUGUCAGUGUAUGAUGUCACUGUCUUGCCGUGCUCAUCUGGGAUGGAAAAGCUGCAAUGGGAUUAUUGCAUUUUUUAAUUUUUUUUUCCUUUUCUUUUGGUGAAAUGAAAGAUUUCUGGAUUUUCUGUGGGUAUUUUGUAUUUGAAAUAACCUGUCUGUGUGGGGAGGGGGGAUCCAUGCAGUGUCUGUACAAAUACCUGUAUGGACACACUGCAGGUUUGCACGUGGCACUUAGCUCUGUUGUCAGGUUCCUGUUGCAGCCUGGGCUGUUCAAUGCUGUAUUUGAGGCUGGGUUGUCAUUUUUGUAACUGUCUUGGUGUUUUCCUGCCAUUAUUUAUUACCUUUGAUAUCUGGAAUGAGCCGCAUGCGUUUAUUGAGCAAUAAGAGGAUGUAUUUAAUGUGCCUUGUUUUUAACUGAGUAAGGACUGAAAGCAUGAAUCAAUAAAACUGGUUAAAAACGCUC